GAAAAGAAAAGGAGAGAAACCCAAAUUCACUACGUCUCAUUGAUUCAUUCAUUCACUUAGCUUCACACACACACACACACACUCUCUCUCUCUCGCUCUACUACACGAGCAACAUGACCCUCGUUGGGGUCUUAGCUUUACAGGGAUCUUUCAACGAACACAUAGCAGUUCUUAGGAGGUUAGGGGUGAAAGGUGUGGAGAUUAGGAAGCCAGAGCAGCUUCAAAAUGUUACUUCCCUCAUCAUACCUGGUGGAGAAAGCACCACCAUGGCCAAGCUUGCUGAGUACCAUAACCUGUUUCCUUCACUUCGAGAGUUUGUGAAAAUGGGAAGGCCUGUUUGGGGAACCUGUGCAGGGCUCAUAUUCUUGGCUGAUAAAGCUACAGGACAGAAGACUGGUGGACAACAACUGGUUGGUGGACUUGAUUGUACUGUCCAUAGAAAUUUCUUUGGCAGCCAGAUUCAAAGCUUUGAAGCUGAGGUUUUAGCACCAGAGGUUGCAUCAAAAGAAGGCGGUCCUGAAACAUUUCGUGGAGUUUUCAUUCGUGCUCCAGCAAUCCUUGAAGCUGGGCCAGAAGUUCAAGUUCUGGCUGAUUAUCCUGUCCCUUCUAACAUAUCAACAAGUCCCUAUUCCUCUGGUGAAGAGCAAAAGGAGAAUGUUGAACAAAGUAAAGUUAUAGUUGCUGUCAGACAACGGAACAUACUAGCCACUGCUUUCCAUCCUGAAUUGACAGCAGAUACUCGCUGGCAUAGUUAUUUCUUAAAGAUGGCAAAAGAGAUUGCAGAGACUUCAAAUAGCCAGCUCCAACUCCAAGUUAAUAUAAAUUAUAGCCAAAAGCAGCUGAAUGAACUUCCAAUCUUCCAAUAAAACAGACAAUGAUCAAGCUUAUCAUAGUAAUUAUGGAUGAAUAUUUGUUUAUUUAGUGAUGUGCAAUUUCCUUUGAAAAUGACGUUGGAUAAGUUUUUAUAGUCAUGGGAUGUCUAAUGAUUAUUUUAAGCUGUGAAUAGCUAAAUAAUUAGUCUUUAGCCAUUUUUUUUUCUUUUUGUUUUUAGACCUAUUUGUCUCUUUCUGUACCUCUAAAGGAUUCACGAAAACUCUCUUUACAAGUUUUUUUUUUAAUAAA